AUGCUCAGAGAUUCACUUCAGGAUUGGCGACUCGAUGAGAAUAAACUCUCAGCCAUAAUCACAGACAACACUGCCAACAUCGCAAUCAGGUCCCUGCACUGGCCGUGGCUUAAUUGUUUCAGCCACAGCCUUAACUUGGCUGUUACAAAUGCAGUGCAGGACCAAAGACAAAAAACAGAGCGUGCCCUCGGACUCUGCUGUGACAUAAACGCCACCUUUUCUCACAGCUGGCACCGAAAGAGAGAACUGCAUAAGAAGCAGGUGGAAUUGGGACUAGAGCAUAGUCUCAUAACGCUCUGCAGGGACAAUGUGUUGGCAGUGUCAAACGAGGACGUCCAGUUAACCGAUUCUAUAAAAACUGGAAUUCUUGCCAAGCUGGAGGCCAAAUACAAAAGUGAUUCAGUGUGCGAGUUGAUGCUCAUAUGCACCUUCCUCGACCCUUGGUACCAUGGAGAAUAUGACAGUGAUGACACUGCCUUGGCUGAGACAAAGAUUUUGUCUUAGGGGCUGAGACGGUGAGACUGGAGG